UAAUCUAGUUGUCACUCAGCUAGUAGGCUGCGCAGCAGGAAGCACCGCCUAUGUCUCCCCAGAAUUGGCCAACCCUGUGCGCUUCGCUUUCUGAUUGGCUGGCUGGGUUGUCAGUCCCUUCAGCGGGACAGGAGGAGAGCGAGCGGGGACGUCUCUCGGGCUGGUGUAGGCGUAGCAGCAACGGCUGCGCCCGCCCCGCCCCGCCCCGCCCCGCGCGCCUAGUCCCGCCCGCUCCGGCCAGCCCGGGGUCGCUGCCCGCCGCCCGCCGCCCCCGCCAUGAAGGUGGCCGUGGACUUCGAGGAGUGUCUGAAGGACUCGCCCCGCUUCAGGGCUGCUUUAGAGGAAGUUGAAGGAGAUGUGGCAGAAUUAGAAUUGAAACUUGAAAAGCUAGUAAAGCUUUGCAUUGCAAUGAUUGAUACUGGUAAAGCUUUUUGUGUUGCCAACAAGCAGUUCAUGAAUGGAAUUCGAGACCUUGCACAGUAUUCCAAUAAGGACGUAAUAGUUGAGACCAGCUUGACAAAGUUUUCUGACAGCCUACAGGAAAUGAUCAAUUAUCACACAACCCUAUUUGACCAAACCCAAAGAUCAAUUAAAUCACAGCUUCAGACGUUCGUUAAAGAAGAUAUUAGAAAAUUUAAAGAAUCAAAGAAGCAGUUUGAAAAAGUCAGUGAAGAAAAAGAAAAUGCACUAGCAAAAAAUGCUCAAGUUCAAAGAAAUAAACAACAUGAAGUAGAGGAGGCCACCAACAUUCUCACUGCAACACGAAAAUGCUUUCGGCACAUAGCUCUGGAUUACGUUCUUCAGAUUAAUGUUCUUCAAACUAAGAGGAGAUCAGAGAUCUUAAAAUCGAUGUUAUCCUUUAUGUACGCUCAUCUGACCUUCUUUCAUCAAGGCUAUGAUCUGUUUAGUGAGCUUAGGCCAUACAUGCAUGAUCUCGGAGCACAGCUGGAUCGGUUGGGUGUAGAUGCUGCAAAGGAAAGGAGAGAGAUGGAGCAAAAGCACUCAACUAUUCAACAAAAGGAUUUUUCCAGUGAUGAUACUAAGCUAGAAUACAAUGUAGACGCAGCCAAUGGCAUUGUUAUGGAAGGGUAUCUCUUUAAGCGAGCCAGCAAUGCCUUCAAGACUUGGAACAGACGCUGGUUUUCAAUACAGAAUAAUCAGCUUGUUUACCAGAAAAAAUUUAAGGAUAAUCCCACAGUAGUCGUUGAAGACUUGCGGCUUUGCACAGUUAAGCAUUGCGAAGACAUAGAAAGACGUUUCUGCUUCGAGGUGGUCUCUCCAACAAAAAGCUGCAUGCUCCAGGCUGAUUCUGAAAAGCUGCGGCAGGCAUGGAUUAAGGCUGUUCAGACCAGUAUUGCUACGGCAUAUAGAGAGAAGGGGGAUGAAUCCGAGAAACUAGAGAAGAAAUCCUCCCCUUCUACAGGAAGCCUAGAAUCUGGCAGUGAGUCAAAAGAGAAGUUGUUAAAAGGAGAAAGUGCUCUGCAGCGGGUUCAAUGUAUUGGUGGUAACAUCGCCUGUUGUGAUUGUGGCCUGGCAGAUCCUCGUUGGGCCAGUAUCAACCUAGGAAUCACACUGUGUAUUGAGUGUUCUGGGAUACACAGGAGUCUAGGAGUCCACUUUUCAAAAGUUAGAUCCUUAACACUAGAUACAUGGGAGCCCGAACUUCUAAAGCUGAUGUGUGAAUUGGGGAAUGAUGUCAUCAAUAGAAUCUAUGAAGCAAAAGUUGAAAGAAUGGGAGUUAAGAAGCCACAACCUGGAAGCCAACGGCAGGAGAGAGAGGAUUAUAUCAGAGCAAAAUACGUGGAAAGAAAAUUUGUGGAGAGACAGCCUGUAUCAGUAUCUCCUCCUGAGCAUGGAACAAAAGUUCGACCUCAAAGUCAGGAGGAAAAUAUGCACAACAUCCCUGAAAAAUCACCGUUGGCAGGUGAACAAGUCACAGCUUCUCCCACAGUAAGAAGCAAUGAUAGUGGGACCCAGCACAGUGCCGAUGACAGUAGAGACCACCUCGCCUCCACCAUCUCCACAAACAGUUUGUAUGAGCCAGAAGGAGAAAAGCGAGAUUCUUCUGUGUUUCAUGAUUCGAAACAGCUUCAUCCAGGACUGCAGCUGUAUCGAGCUGCCUAUGAGAAGAACCUUCCUGAUAUGGCAGAGGCAUUGGCCCAUGGAGCUGAUGUAAACUGGGUCAAUACAGAAGAAAACAAAGCGACACCACUGAUCCAGGCAGUCUUGGGGGGCUCAUUGGUUACUUGUGAGUUCUUACUGCAGAAUGGUGCCAAUGUAAACCAUAGGGAUGUGAAAGGGAGAGGACCACUACACCAUGCCACAGUCUUGGGGCACACUGGGCAAGUGUGUUUAUUCCUAAAACGAGGAGCAAAUCAGCAUGCCACUGAUGAAGAAGGGAAAGACCCUUUGAGUAUAGCUGUAGAAGCUGCAAAUGCGGAUAUCGUAACUCUGUUACGUUUGGCGAGAAUGAAUGAAGAAAUGCGGGAAUCAGAAGGACUUUAUGGACAGCCAGGAGAUGAAACUUACCAGGACAUUUUUCGUGAUUUUUCACAAAUGGCAUCCAAUAAUCCAGAGAAGCUAAACCGUUUUCAGCAAUCAGAUUCACAGAAGUCAUGAAUGUCUAAGAAGGAAAAGAACUAAACCUGGUUCUUUUCUAAUGCUUAUAGAGCAGCGGUCUUUAUUUUUUUUGAACUGCUUUCAUUAUAUGCUUUUUCUUAGAUAUUUGGUAGUCUGGAUUGAGUGAGCCCUCUAGUGUAGCCUUAGGCUGGGUGGGAGGUGUAAUUUGCCACAUGUGAUUCAGGGUGAAUACCGCAGCAGCUGGAGAUGGAGCUGUUGUAGCAAGGGAUGCUGCCUCUGGUUGGAGAGUGUUCUAUUCUGCCAUGUGGAAGCAGGAUUAGGUUGAGUCACACUCAAGGCUGGCGGAGGCUGGGACCGUUGCAGAACUCAUAACCUGUAAGUGUUGUGGGAUGAGCAGAUCAUCAUUGCUUAUGAGCAGUCCCUAGCAGCACAAUUUCCCCGUCUCCCCCAUUCUGCCUGGCUAGAGCCCUACAGCUCCCAUCUCUUAAGGCAAGAACCAGCUUCCCCUUUCCCUGUCCAGUCUGUCUGAAUGGGAAAGGUGGUGAUCACCUGCCUGAACUUCCCUUCUGUACAUCGGCCUGUGACACACACGAUCCUCCCUCCCCUCUGCCCCGGUGUGCUACCAACACAGGAAAUGAUCUUGUUGUUGCAGACUCACAGCUGACUCCUUCCAACAGUGCAGGCCAUUAGGCCAGUGACGCUGUCCUGUCACUGUGUGUGCAUAUUCUGGAGGACCAAAUGUUAGAAAAGCAGCUACUUUCCUUUUUUACAUUAAGACUUGCUGUGAAUAAAGUUGCUUAUUUGAUUCUCUGUGGAACUUUCCCUUAGGAGUAAGUUUGAUCCCCUAAUGCCAUCAAGUUUGGUUUUUAAUGCAUUCAACUGACUGACAUCAAAAUGCAUCUCAAAAACUGGAAUUAGGGAGUAGAAACUAAAUGGUGAGCCAAACAAAGCAUUAACACAGGACAGUCAUACUAAUGAAGGUUGCCUCUCCCGCCAAGCUGUUGUCAGGAUUGUUCCCAAUAAAGAAAUAUUAAAACACUCACAAGGGAUGUAGUCAUCCUGCACUCGGGGCAAUCAAUGCUUUUUGCCAAAGCCUGCCCUAAUAUAGUCUGUGCACUUACUUUCUAAAAUAGGGCCUGUAAUAGAAAACCUGGAAGUCUUACUGUACCGCUGCUCUAAAAAAAUGAAUAUCAUCCAAAGUGGUAUUCUACUGGCAGCAACAAGAACUCUUCAGUGGGCUCCAUCCUGCAUUCUGUCAAUGUGCACAUGUACGUGAUGUAUAGAAGUACAGAUUUAUCUAUGUAUUUACAGUAUAUAGCAUAUAGAUAGAUAAUACCCACCUGAGCCCCAAAAGCAUCUCAGACUUUUAGUUAUUGGUCCUUCAUUUGCUGGCACUUUGAACAGUGUAAGAAGGAUUUCUAGGUAGGUCUUCCAAAUUACUGCAGAUUUCCUGUAAUCUGCCUCAACUAUUAGAACAAUGUGCUAUGCUGCUGCUAAAAUUUACUUUGGAAAUAAGUGAGAUUUAAAACCAUUAGAUUGUUAUAAUGCAAAUAGAGAAGGGACUUUCUAAAUGUAUGUAAAUGUGUGAUAAAAUUAAGCUUUCCAGGCAUGUUACAUUUCAGACAGCUAUUUUAAAUAUUUAUCCUUGUGCAUUAAAUAUCUAAUCAAAAAUAAAAUAUGUGAAAGAUCUUUGAUGCCAGAAUAAGAUCUUCAUGCUACA